GAAAACAGGAAAUAGUUUCAGAAUAGCUGGCAACAUUAAUUAAAAAAAAGUUCUACACGUCAUCUCGGUGUGUUGGCUGUCAGAUUUGCAGAUUGUAAUUAAUUGAUGAAAAUUAAGAAAUAAUACACUAAAUCAAAAUGGUGCUUAUAGCGGCUACAGUAUGUACGAAGUCAGGGAAAGCAUUGGUGUCACGUCAGUUCGUGGAGAUGACGAAGGCGCGUAUCGAGGGGUUGCUGGCUGCCUUCCCCAAGCUCAUGACUGGAGGUAGACAGCACACCUUCGUGGAAACUGAGUCUGUCAGGUAUGUGUACCAACCACUGGACAAACUGUACAUGCUGCUCAUCACAACCAAAGCCAGUAACAUCCUCGAGGAUCUGGAGACAUUGCGCUUGUUCAGUAGAGUGGUCCCGGAAUACUGCACUCAGCUGACAGAGGCCGAGGUGUUGAACCAGGCAUUCAACCUGCUGUUUGCAUUCGAUGAGAUUGUGGCUCUCGGCUACAGGGAGAGUGUCAACUUGGCACAGGUGCGGUCAUUCGUGGAGAUGGACUCCCAUGAAGAGAAGAUUUACCAAGCUGUGCGUCAGACCCAAGAGCGCGAGGCCGCCAACCGUAUGCGCGAGCGUGCCAAGGAGCUGCAGCGAGAGAGGCUGGAGGCAGCCAAGCGGGGCGUGCCCACACGGAGCCAGAUGUCCUUCGGCAGCAGUUACAGUAGCUCCAACAUGUCUUCGGCCGCGUCCGCUGAACCCAUCGCUGAGAAGAUCCCCACUACGCCUGCGCGCGAGACCAGUCGUCCGGCGGGUCGGUCGGCCAUGAAGCUGGGGUCGCGCGGCACGGACACGGAGUCGUUCGUGUCGCGGCUGCGCAGCGAGGGCGACGCCGUGUCGGCCGCCGCGGCGCCCGCCAAGCAGGACCUCGCCAAGCCGCCGCCGCCCGACCACAAGGAUGUCCACCUACGGUUUGAGGAGCGCCUCACUCUGGUGGCGGGCAGAGACGGUGACGUACAGAACUUUGAACUUAGCGGUCUCCUGACGCUGCGCAUCAGCAACGAGCAGUACGCGCGCAUCCACGUACACGUCGACAACCAGGAUCCUAGACCACUGCAGCUGCAGACGCACCCGAACGUGGACAAGGAGGCGUUCCGCGCGAACGGCGUGAUCGGGCUGAAGCAGUCGCAGCGCGCCUUCCCGCUGCACUCCGACGUCGGCGUCCUCAAGUGGAGGCUCAACGCCAACGACGACAAGCUCGCGCCGCUCUCCGUGAACUGCUGGCCGUCAGAGGGCGCGGGCGGCGGGUGCGACGUGAACAUCGAGUACGAGCUGGAACACGACCAUCUCACGCUCAGCGACGUCAACAUACACAUCCCACUGCCUUCUGGCAACACGUCCGUGAUAGUCCACCAGUGGGAGGGCAGCUACGCGCAGAAGGGACGCACUCUCACCUGGAGCAUACCCAUCAUUAACAAACAACAGAAGUCCGGCAGCCUCGAGUUCACUGUGACGCCGGCGAUACCAAAUGACUUCUUCCCUCUGACGGUGACCUGGACCUCCGACACGUCCCUCGCCCUCCUGAAGGCCACGAAGGUGACAUUCGCAGAGGACAGCACGCCCGUAGACUACUCACAGGAGAUCAGCUUCCAUCCCGACAAGUAUGAGAUCGUUUAACAACUUAACUAAGUCUUAGUGUGUGCUAAAAUGACAGGAACUAUUAUGGUGACUCGGUUAGUGAAAUAAAGAAAAUAUAGGUUUGCUGGUCAACAAUAUAAAUACAAGAACGAAUCCCAGAUAAAGAGGAUUGUUUUUCCCACUAAUAGAGGUAAUUCAAUGCCAAUGUGUUGGGACCUCAGUAUGAGUUCCAGUUGUGGAGGUUUCCCACUUAUCCAGGUCCCACUUAACCAAGUUUCACUGUAUUAAAGUAUUUUUGGUGGUUAAGCUGAGGGUUAAUAUGACUUAAUGCGUUACUAGCGCCAUCUAGAAAUAGCGCUUUACGAAGGACUCGAUAAAUUUAUGCUACCUGUAUCCUUAGUACGAGUUUGCUUUACGACGAACGAAAACGAAACGAGACCCGUUUCAGCGCUGUGAUUGGCCGGCUCCAGUGAGCUCUUUUCGAUCGCUUUAAACGUAAAGCAAACUCGUACUAACUUACUAAGGGUACUGUAAUAAAUAUUCGUUCAAGUAACACAGUACUUGGUCACCAUAGUUUGUUCAGUCAUUUGCAAAGUUAUAUUGUAAUAGUCGGCUUAUAUUAUAAGGGAGAAGUAUAUUCCCACCUCCUCCAGUCAAACAAUACACACUUUUAACUGGUCAUAUAUAAAGCUCAUUUUCCAUUGACACUCCCUAAAAUAUAAACUGACUUAAAUAAGGUUAUAUUAUUUUAGUGUUAAUUUAAAAAUAUACGUUUGAUUUAUUGAAAUUCAUAAAAUAUUUAGUGUUGAUAGAUAAUCUUGUUAAAUUGAUAAGUUUUACUUUACAUAACUAUUAUACUUAAUACAUUUUCGCUUCUGUUUCUAACAUUCCUGACUGUGGAUGCCUUUUAUAAAAUAAAUGGCUAAUGAACCCAUUUUAGUUAUAAAAAGAUUAAACUCUUUCAUAACACGAGUUGCGAAUUGAGUAUGAACGAAGAAAUUCAUUGUAUAAUAUUAUAUUCAAAAUAAAUAUUUGUGUGUGAAAUUGGCAAAAUGUAUUCCUAUUAAAAAUAAAAUGUUAUCAUCAAACUUGUAGUAAGGCGAACCGAUGUGGUUUAAAAUACUGUAUAAACAUUCUAUGCAAUAAAAACUAUAUAAAAAUCAUAUAAAAA